UUACAAAAUCGCAAUGGGUCAAAGUAGUGGCAUUUUGGUUGAAAUCGUGUUAGUUCAGAAUAUUUUCUAGGGAAUAUUCGAAGUUGUUAGGCGAAGUGCGGGAAAAAUAGGUACUAAAAAUCGAUAAUCGCUUAAACCUUCCAGUACUUGCUCGCUUCGGUUUGGUGCGAAUGUAAAAGAGACAGCGAUAGGCAGCGUGCUUAGGUUCGUUCGAAAUCAUUCGCACGAUAAAAAAUAAAUAGCAGUGAUACUAUUAUCGACCCCUCUAUUUUGCCGCAGGAGCACUGAUAAAAGAUGGCUGGAGGUGGAGACCCAAAAUGGCAGAAGGACGCUGCGGAUCAGAACUUCGAUUACAUGUUCAAGCUGCUCAUCAUAGGAAACAGUUCUGUAGGAAAAACUAGUUUCCUGUUCCGUUACGCAGACGACUCGUUCACGUCGGCGUUUGUGUCCACCGUCGGAAUCGACUUCAAAGUAAAGACGGUCUUCCGCCACGACAAACGCGUCAAACUUCAGAUAUGGGAUACAGCAGGCCAAGAGCGCUACCGUACGAUCACGACGGCCUAUUACAGAGGAGCUAUGGGCUUCAUUCUAAUGUACGACAUCACCAACGAGGAAAGCUUCAACAGCGUGCAGGAUUGGGUCACACAGAUAAAAACAUAUUCGUGGGACAAUGCGCAAGUAAUCCUAGUCGGAAACAAGUGUGACAUGGAAGAAGAACGCGUUGUGAGCGCUGAGCGUGGCAGGCAGCUCGCCGAGCAGCUUGGUGUUGAGUUUUACGAGACCAGCGCUAAGGAGAACAUCAAUGUUAAGGCUGUCUUCGAACGGCUGGUGGACAUAAUCUGCGACAAGAUGUCGGAAAGUCUCGACUCUGAGCCAGCCAUGCUAGCCGGCGGACCUCGUGGCCAACGGCUGACGGAACAGCCCCAGGGCAACUCGAACCCCAACUGCAACUGUUAAGGGCCAAUGACUCUACACUCAACACAUUAACGUUUAACGUUCAGUGGAUAGUGUUUUAUUGCUAUUUUGUUCAACUGCUUCACACAAUUUAAGUCAAAAUACAAAACGGCAUUACCAAAUUGUAGAUGAAUCCAGUUCAAUUUGGAUUUUUACCGCCACCUUUGGCACAUUGUCUCAUGUGUUCAGAUACAAGACAAUACUUGUUCAUAUUUAUUACAGAAAUUUAUAAACACUUCCUACAUUCAGGUAACAUCUGGAAUUUAGAACAAAAUUAUUAAAAACAGUAAACACGAUUAUUAAUUUGCCGUUCACUCAGAGAUAAGAACUGAAUAACUAUAAUGACGUAAUUAAUGCACGGUGUUUCACAAUCACACAAAAACUACAGAAUUAAUAUGAGUUCUAAACUAUUAAUUUUAAGUAGUUCAAUUUAGUAUUUACGUUUAUUAAAUUUAAACACCAUUAUAUUC